CCCUGGUAUAAGGCUUUUUUAGGUCGAGAAGGAGGCCAAACCGGCCGUUCAGCGCUUUCUUUGGCCGGACGCUGGUCGAACGAGGAAGUCUCAGUGGCUCAAAGGACUGGCGCGAAAAGCCCUUGGAGGCCAUUCAACGAGGUCUACGAUCUGCCGCGCAACAGGUGCGAAGCUUCAUCCAUCACCUCGGAGAUGGUUUCCUGGAUCUUUUUGGUGAAGCUUGGGAGCAGGAGCACGAGCCUCCUCAACUCAAGGAUUUGUGCAGCAACACGCAAUGCUUGGUCGCCGAGUGGGCGCCGUCGCGCGCGGGCGCGGGCGCGGGCGCUUCGGAUCGCCGGGAAGCCUUCAAGGCGGCGCGCGUCCUGUUGACGCUGCGGCAACUGCACCGCGAGCUCUCGGGGCGCGACGCGGCGCCGAGGGCCUUCGAGCCGCCGCCGCGCGCGGGCGGGUUGAUCGAGUCCGCCUUGGCGCCCUUAGGUGUGGAAUCACCCCUGGAGAUACCAGAAGAGGAGUUCCAUGCAGCUGAGGGAAGCUCCUUCAAGCUUGAACGGAUGGAUCGAAUUGUGUGCGGCGUCGUCACUCCUGAAGGGCGACACUCCAGAUACAUGAUCCUGCACAAAUAUUUGCUGCUCUUGGUGCAACCUGAUGUGGUACAGCCUGGGUGGGCCGUGGUGAAGACCCUCUUGCCCGUCAGGCGUGUCGAACCUCAUCUCGAAGCCGAUCCCCGGCUGCUCGGGCUCCGCUGGACCGAGGACGGUGAGUCCUUCCUGCUGACCCUGACCUUUGAGGACACCAAGCGCUGUUCCAUUGCGGAGUCGCACCUCAAGAAGUGCAGGACCAAGGUGCGAGAGCGGCUGAGCCAGAAAGUCUUGGCCUUUGUCGAGAAGCUUUGUGACUGAGGUGCUCGUCCAAGAGACUGCACGGCCAAAAAGAGUCCGAUUCACGCGUCGCGGG